AUGAAGAGUCAUAUAUUCUUUGCAGUUCUACUAAAAGGCAUAGCUGCCUCCUCGGAGCAGGAUCUUGCGCCGAGGGAAGCGGAGACAUAUUGUGUAACAUAUCUCUCUACCUACCUUGCAGCGAUUCCGAACAACAACGGAACCGUCAAUUCAAUCAAUGGAGAUACAAACGAACCAGAUGAAGAAGAUAGGGAGACCGGCAGGUUUCCCUUGGCUCCGUCAAUUCGUCCGACAUUUGGAAGGAAUAAUUCCAUUGUCACUACAAGUCCAAGUGAGUCGUACUUUACCUCAGCAUUCGGAAGACAAACCAAUGAGAGUAAAACAGACUCUAUGACCUCACUCGUCGAUGAAGAGACUUCUCAGUUGGCGGAAUCUGUGCCAGAGUCUACAACCUUGGACGUACCAAUGUCAACCGACGAGUCACCUACAACUCAACCCGCCUUGCAAACCUCAUUUGGUCAAAUAACACUUACGGCUCCCACAACGACCGGUGUCAUCGAGCCUGAAGGGCAGACAGUGAUCCUCCUCAUCCAAAUCCCCGACGACGAUCGAAAGCAAAACCUCAAUGAAAGAGAAGUCGGUGGGUUUGUUGGAGACGGUAGCCCCGAUACCUGCACGUUUGCUUCUACCUUCAAUCUCGCCCAGGGCCAGCUCUCUAAGAAUGGGAAUUCCAUCUUUUAUUCUGGUGAAGACUUCAAACAACUAGAAGGCGAAGGAGCCCCGCCGUCAGAUGCAGUUACCAAGGGCUUUGCUUCGACUGGAACAUCGCUGAGCUUCCAGAAUGAUGACUUGCCGAAUGGAGAGGCAGGCUUUUGUCAGACUCCUAAUGGUCAGGUUUAUAUCACGUUUACUUCUGCACCGCCUGGGUGUACACCAGUUCCCCUUGGUGUUUAUGACGCUUUUCGGUGCCAGAAUGGUAAACUCGUUGGCGUGGAUGACAGUAGCUCUAGUUCGUCUGCGACAACAACUCAAGAGAGCAUUAUUGUGUCGGAAGAAGCUAGCCGCGUGUCUUCUGAAGCUCUCGAGCCAUCCACCUCCAGCUUUGGAGUGACAACACUCCAGCCCGACCUAACAUCAUCCAACGAAACGCCGUCAAGUAUUGAAGAAGUGGCACCAACUAAGUCGCCCGAGGUCGACGAUUCAACCUCGGACACCUCCGUCUUAUCAACAUCGCCUUCAUCUUCAUCUGAGCUUGCCGAAUCUACCACCAUCUCGGAUAACACUUCCACCACUUUAGCCACGUUCGAAGUAUCUCCUGUGGAGACAACGACAGAAUCUGUAGGCGAUACAACGCUAGAGACAACUAGCAACGAAGCGACCACUGAGGUAUCUACUACCGCAGAUGAAGUAACUGUACAGACCACUACGACCGCAGACACUCCAACUACAACAGUCGACGCCUGUGUAGCAGGUAUUACCUCGGCGGGAGGCUCGCCCCCCCUCCAAGAUCGUAUUGAUGACUGUGAAGAAUUCAACGUGGUCACAGUCAGCCCGUACAGCGUUAUUGUGACAACCGUUAAAAAGCGAUGGAAGUAUCGCAUCCCUACCGGUUGGCCCACUGCUAGGCCUACAAACAGACAGCUCGUCCGCCGUCAAGAUCCUGAUGCGACUACCAUAUUCCCCAGCGAGACGCCUGCUUAUGCUACUUAUCGUGACUCGGCUGAGGAAUAUUACGAGGCUUGUUCUAGGGCGGACGUUACUGCUAUGACCACUACUUUGACAACACCUACUGAAACGGAGACUAGUGAAGAGGAUGCGUGUCGUGCUGCGUCGUUGGUUAAGAGGGCUGGUGAGGGUCUUGGAUAUCAAUUUGAGGAUGAUUGGGAUGUCAUCCGCAUACCAGGGUGGAGAUACUUUUGA